CUCCACAAGGAGACUGACUGCCUGUUACGCGAAUGCAGUAAGCCAAGAAUUUGUGGAAGCAUGAUGUGGGAUGGAUAGAAAAAACGCAACCUUUACUAUGGCGACUAAUGACCCUGACCAUCUUGACCCCCCCCGGGACCCCCCAGCCUGGUGACCUCAUUGAGAUCUUCAGACCAGCCUAUCCGCACUGGGCUCUGUACCUGGGAGAAGGUUACAUCAUCAACUUGACACCUGUUGAUGAGUCAGGCUGCAGCCAUCUCCAGUGUGAAGUCUGUGUUCAGUCAGAAGGCAGUGGUCCGAAUGCAGCUUCUAAAGGAGACGACUCGUACCGGGUCAACAACAAAUACGACGACCACCACACUCCAUUUCCCGUCAAUGACAUAAUUUGGCGAUCUCAAGUUCUCAUUGGCCAGGAGGUGUCUUAUGACCUGUUGGGCAGUAACUGCGAGCACUUCGUCGCCUUGUUGCGCCAAGGAAAGGGAGUGUCUGAGCAGGCCACACGGGCCAUUGGGGCCAUCACAUUGGUCACAGCUGCAGCAAGGGCCUUCUCUGUGCUUGGACUGGUCAACACACGCUCCAGAAACCGACCCUUCUGAGGACCCUCAACAAUAGCAGUAUUGUCCUGGGCUACUGGUCUGGGAUUCAAACUUCCCCUCAGUCUUUUGUUUAAGAGGAUACCUCAUUUUUACCCAAUUUCAUAAAAAAAUUAUGCAUUUAUCUAUUUUUAUCAUCCUUUGUAUUGAAGGCCAAGCAAACCAAAUACUGUAUAAGGUAGAGAUGUUGCCUACAUUAAAAUGUAAAAUGUAUAUCUUGCUGGAGAUACACAUUUUGAGAUGUUGAAUGGAUUGGUUGGGUGAAAAUGAAAUGUAAAAUGUGA